GAACCCGACACGUGCGAUACAAAGAAGCUGCGGAUUUGGAUGACCACGUACGUGAAGGAGCAAAUCUUAUCCCGAAAGUAGCCAGAAGCGGUCAAGCGGAUGAGGUAAAAGCUGAAUUCCGGCUGUACAUCCUGGCUGUCUGGCGGUGGGGCAGUUUCGCCAUACCAGCCGCGCGCGGCUAUUGUUGGCGUGGAUGCCCCCAACCCCAGAUUCUUCUGGCCACGCACCCGAAAUCCACACCUCACAAACCACGCAGCGGAGGCGACCCACAAAAAACACGCGCGGCAGGAGGAAGGCGAGGAAGCAUCCCCUUGUUCAAUUGACCCCACCACCGCCCGCUGCUGCUUCGUUUCUAGCUCGAGAGAGUUUAGUGGGUUGCUUGAUUCCGAAGCUCCGAGCUCGUGGGAUUGAAUUGAGCCCCCCCAAGAUCAGAAUUGGAGCAGCGGGUUUUGGUUUCCUGCUUGGUGCCGCUGAUUGGAGUACGCUUCUUUUGUGGUGGUUGAGAGGCUGCUCGGCUUCCGCCGACCAUGUCCGUGCCGGCGAUAGCCGUGUACACCAGCCCGCCCGGCGCCGUCUACGCGCCGCCGGAGCUCGAGUCCAGCUCGCGCGGCUCGGCGCCGUGCGCGGCCGCGGCGUCCCCGUCAGCGCCGAGCUCCCACCGCCACGCGGCCGUCGCGGGCGGCUUGUCCUGCCUAUUUUCGUCCCCGUCCGCGGCCCCGCGGGCAACGGCGCACGAGGAGCUCGGCGCGCUCUGGCACGACAGAUCCGAUGAGCCGCCCUCCGUCGCCGGGGGCUUCGGCGGCGGGGGCUACUCGUACCCCCAGUCGUCGCCGUCGCCGCUCAAGCUGCGGGACCACCUCCACCGCAGCCCGGUGUCUCUGUUCCACACCCCUGCCUCCUCCCCGGCGUCCAGGAGCCCCUCGGUUUCCUGGCUCGCUGGCCGUGAGCGCGAGCGCCUCUUCUCUAGCUUCGUGCGCAACGCGCUUGGCUCCUGCAUUGACUACGCACCGGUCACCAGCUUCCCGCUGGGUGUGCGCCCCGCGGCCACUGGUGUCGACGCCGCGGAGCUGGCCUUCGAGCUUGACGAAAACCUCUCUGAGGCGGAGCCGUCCUGCGAACCUGAUGCUCAUGAACUCCUCGCCGGCGCCCAGGCUCGCCACCACAUCUUCCGCGACGAGCUUGUCGUCAAGGCCUUCAAGGAGGCCGAGCGGGCACACCGUGGCCAGAAGCGGGCUAGUGGUGAUCCAUACUUGCAGCAUUGUGUGGAGACUGCGGUUCAUCUGGCCAAUAUUGGUGCAAACGCAACCGUUGUGUCUGCUGGCCUUCUCCAUGACACAAUUGAUGAUUCGUUCAUGGACUAUGAUCAUAUCUUCAGGAUGUUUGGUGCUGGUGUGGCCGAUCUUGUUGAAGGGGUUUCGAAGUUAAGCCAUUUGAGCAAACUUGCUCGGGACAACAAUACUGCAAGUAGGACUGUUGAAGCUGAUCGCCUGCAUACAAUGUUUCUUGCAAUGGCUGAUGCACGAGCUGUUCUUAUAAAGUUAGCAGAUCGUCUGCACAACAUGAAUACGAUAGAAGCUUUGCCUUUGGUUAAACAACAAAGGUUUGCUAAAGAGACUAUGGAAAUAUUUGUGCCAUUGGCCAACCGAUUAGGAAUUGCUAGCUGGAAAGACCACUUGGAGAAUAUUUGCUUCAAACACUUGAACCCAGAGGAGCACAAGGAGCUUUCCUCUAAACUUCUGAUGUCUUUUGAUGAAGCACUUCUUACAUCUACGCUUCAUAACUUGGAUAAAAGCCUUAGAGAUGAAGGCAUUUCAUAUCACAGUCUUUCUGGAAGGCACAAGAGUUUGUACAGUAUAUACUCCAAGAUGAUAAAGAAGAACUUAACAAUGGACGAUGUCCAUGACAUCCAUGGUCUACGGCUUGUGGUUGAAACAGAGGAAGAUUGUUAUCGAGCACUUGACAUAGUGCACAAGCUGUGGCCCCGAGUUACCGGAAGAUUUAAAGACUAUAUUUGUCAUCCGAAGUUGAAUGGGUAUCGGUCGCUGCACACUGUCAUCAUGUGUGAGGGUGUCCAUCCAUUUGAAAUCCAGAUCCGAACAAAGGAAAUGCACCUACAGGCUGAAUAUGGAUUCGCAGCGCACUGGAGGUACAAAGAAGGUGGCUGCAGGCAUUCCUUUGUGCUCCAAAUGGUGGAAUGGGCGAGGUGGGUGCUCACAUGGCAAUGCGAGACAUUGAGCAAAGAGCGUCCCUCGUCUUUGAGCAGUUCUGUUGGCAUAAGGCCACCAUGCCCUUUUCCCCUGCAUUCGGAAGAUUGCUCCUACUCUUACAGCCGACAGUGCAACUAUGAAGGCCCUAUAUUUGUCAUCAUGCUUGAACAUGACAAGAUGUCUGUCCAAGAGCUCCCAGCCAACUCGACUGUAGUUGAUCUAAUGGAGCGAGUCGGGGCCAACAGUCCGAGAUGGAGCCCUUGCAGCUUCCCACUGAAAGAGGAGCUGCGACCGAGGGUUAACCACAAGCCCAUAAGCGACCCAAAUAGGAAGCUCAGCAUGGGCGACGUGGUGGAGCUGACGCCUGCGCUCCCUGACAAGUCGCUGUCCGAGUACCGGGAGGAGAUCCAGCGCAUGUAUGAGCGGGGAGGGUUUGCGCUCGCCACCACCCCUAGAAGCUGACACCAUCGUCGCCAUGUUAACCUGCUGCUGUACAAUACACCUGUAAAUACGAACUAAUCCUUGCAGCAGAGAAAUCCCAGAUGAACAAACCCCCCAACUGAAUUGGCUAAUGGUGCGGGGUUUGAUCCAGGACGCUGCUGUGUGUAACGCUUUUUACAAGUUGAAAUGUGGCCAAGUUCCUCCGAAGAUUCAUGAGAAACAUGAAGUACUUGUGUCCUUGUACGCUUUUGGUUUGGUUUCAAUGUUUCAUUUGGACUGGAUCAAGUCCGACCUCUUC